CAAUGCUCAUGAUUAUUGCAUAAUGCGCACUUACCUUCGCAUGCGCAGAACAUUCUUAUGAUUAUGUGCAAAUUAUCUUAGUUUAGCCGAAUGCGAUUUCAACUUAAUCAAUUUUCUUGUGAUGCGAUCCGAUUUAAAACCCAUCAUCUUUGUCCGAGCCUGAAACGCUCCGGAGAUAUCAUUCGUGUUUUCUCCGUCCAGUUAACUAACGGGUGUCAUUCAGAUAUUGAACAGGUCAAAAAGACGAGUCAUCACAUCUGUAAGAUAGAAGCCAUCAUGGCCAUGACAAUGUAUGGAUCAACCUUUUUCAUCCUCCUCUCGAUAUCGGCCAUCGAAUUUAAACAAAACAGCGCUCAGUUUACUGAGGAACUGCCCCAUGUCCCAGGAAACGGAUCGGAGGUUCUUUCAUCAGAAUAUGCAACGGAAAUCAACCUGUCGUUUGCUACCGAUACCUAUGCCAGCCAGACUAGCGAUGAAUAUCAUACGACGUACCACGAGCCUCAUGAAACGCUUUCCUCUGGAUCAGAUGACCAUACUGAAGAGCUUUGGAUCGCCCAUCGGAUAGUCUGGCCUUGGUGGAAGAUUAUCCAGCUGAUAGCCGCCAUUGCUGGUAUCUUUGGAAACCUUCUUGUGAUGCUUGUUGUUUUUAGACCCCAAAAAGCCCGACGUUCCACGGACACGCUUCUUGGUGCCCUGGCCAUAGCCGAUUUCCUGACGUCGGUGUUCCUCAUACCUAUUCCGGAUGUUUCCAACAUCCCCUACACGUGGCUUGGGGGCUUCUACUGCAAGGUGAUCUACACGGCUCGCUUCAUGUGGAUUUCUGUCAGUGCCUCGAUCUUUACUCUUACAUUAAUCUCAGUCGAACGUUACAUCGCUAUUAAGCAACCUUUCAAGUUCCGCUUUUUCUUCAGUCCUACCAGGACACGAUUGGCAAUAAUCAUCGUUUGGAUCAUGGCAUUCAUCCUCAACAGCUUUGCCUUCUUUGUAUUCUUUGUCGACCCUGAUACUCAGUCCUGCAUCCUUCAAUUCCCUACGGCCAAUGGCGCAGAGGUUCUAGGUAUUACUUCCUUCGUCAUUGUCUUGGUUCUACCCAUGGGAGUCAUGUUGGUGACGCAAUCUCUCACUGCGUUGACCCUCCAUCGCCAGGCCUCACGUUUUAAGGCACCAGGCAGCGGUGCCACUCAGUCCAGCGAACGCCAUCUCAUUGCUAAGGGGCGCGUCAUCAAACUUAUCUUCGUCAUCAACGUCAUUUUCAUCAUUAGUUGGGGUCCUAAUCAGUCGGCUUACCUGGCAUUCAACCUUGGAUACCUUCCAUUUUCUUAUCUAUACGGGCCAUUGGAUCGAGCACUAGUUGUUCUGGCGUUUUUUAAUAGCUGCGCCAAUCCUGUCAUCUACACUCUACAGUACCCCAAAUUUCGUAGGGCUGUCCGCGAUCUGUUCUCUCGGUCUGAGACGGAGAGGGUUCCUAUAUUUGAUCAACCUGAGAAAUCCCCGGCUACUAAUCCUGAGUCCGCGUGACCACAUUCCAGUAUCUCUAUGAAUGAUUAUAAACCCGUCCAUAUUCCAAUCCAAAUAAACACAUCGGCGAUAAAUGACUUUCAUCAAAUGUGUUAAAGCAGGUACGAACCAAUAGCGCCAUCUCGAGUCCUCAGCUGCUCGUAC